AGAUCUGUCUGGAUCCAAGUCUGCAGCCUCGUUUGUGUAGUAUUGUUUACAAUAUAGCCCAGUAACUGAGGUUAGCCUCAUGUUCUCAGCAGUUGUCUAAAAACUGCACAGAAAUGGUGUUUCUGCACACCACUCAUCUUUAUUCAGGUCAAACAGAGGUAAGUGGGUAUAAGUCUACAGUUCUACGUUCCUUCGUUCGACCAUCAUACAUAUUAAAAUUUGAGAGAAACUGUUAUCACGAGUUUUCCAGGAUUCAUCUGCUCUCUACUCUGCUGCAAUGGCAAGUUAAUCUGGAAACGUUGAGGUUUAGUGCUUGUGGAAUCACAGAUGAGGCCUGUUUUGCUCUGGCUAAAGCUCUGACAUCAAAACUCUCACACCUGAGAGAACUGGAUCUGUCUGAAAACAAACUGGGAGAUGCAGGGGUGAUGGUGCUCUCUGCUGCACUCGAAAAUAAUUGUUCUGAUCUUGUAUCAUUGAAGAUGAAUGAUUGUGAUCUCACAUAUGAAGGUUGUAGUCAUUUGGCUUCAGCUCUCGCAUCAAACCCCUCACACCUAAGAGAGCUGGAUCUGUCAAAGAAUAAGCUAGAUGAUGUAGAAAUGUUGGUGCUCGCUGCUGGUCUGGAAAAUUCUUCCUGCAAAUUGGAGAAACUGAGGUUGGUCAAGUGUGGUUUAACUGAUGAAGGUUUUGUUGUUCUUAAUAAAGCUCUGAGAUCAAACCCUUCACACCUAAAAGAGCUGGAUCUGUCUGAGAAUAGCCUAUGCUAUUUACAUACAAUGCUGCUCUCUUCUGUAUUGGAGAGUCCUUACUGGGAGCUGAAGACAUUAAAAUUGGUGAAUUGUAGUUUUACAGAAGAAGGUGGUGCAGCUCUGAUGUCUGCUCUGAGAUCGAACCCCUCACACCUGAGAGAGCUGGAUCUGUCAAAGAAUAACAUAGGUUACUUAACCAUGAUGGUGCUGUCCUCAGCCAUGGAGAUUCCUUACUGGGAGCUAGAAAUACUGAGGUUAAAUGAUUGUGGAAUCACAGAUGAUGGUUUUGCUGCUCUCGGUGCAGGUCUUAGAUCAAACCCUUCAUACCUGAGAGAGUUGGAUCUGUCUAAAAAUAAACUGGGAGAAUUUGGGGUACACAUGCUCUCUAUUGCACUGGAGAUGCCUUAUUGUCAACUUGAAACACUGAGGUUGGUCAGUUGUGACAUCACAGGUAAUGGUUGGAUUGUUCUGGUAUCAGCUCUGAGAUCAAACCCCUCACACUUGAGAAAUCUGGAUCUCUCUGGGAAUAACCUUGAAUGCUUCGAAAUAAAGCUGCUUUCUGAAGUAUUGGAGAGUCCAUACUGUAAACUGGAGACCUUGAAAUUGCGUAAUUGUAAUCUCAAAGAUGAAGAAUGUGUUUCACUGGCAUCUGCUCUGAGAUUGAAGAUCUCGAAGCUUAGAGAGCUGGAUCUGUCUGAGAAUAAACUAGGAGAUUCAGGAGUCAAGGCUUUUUUUGCUGAGCUAGAGGGACAUUUAUCAAAAUUUGAUGCUUUAAGAUUUGUGAAUUGUGGUCUCACAGAUGAAGGAUGUGGUGUACUAGCUUCAGUUCUGAGCUCAAACCCCUCACACCUGAAAGAGCUGGAUCUGUCUGGAAAUAAAGUGGAAGAUUCAGGAGUGAAGAUGCUCUCUGAUGGACUAGAGGAUUAUUGCUGCCGACUGGAAACAUUAAAGUUGGUGGGUUGUGGUCUCACAGAUGAAGGUUGUGCUUCUCUGGCUUCAGCGUUGACAUCAAACUCCUCACACCUAAGGGUACUGGAUCUUUCUAAAAACAAACUUUCAGACUCAGGAGUUAGACUGAUCUCGACUGGACUGGAGAAUCCCCAUUGUAAAGUGGAAAUCCUCUGGCUGGUCGAUUGUGAUGUGAACGAUGAAGGAUGUGCAGCUCUGGCUUCAGCUCUGACAUUUAACUUCUCAAAUCUGCGAGAGCUGGAUCUGUCUGAGAAUAAUCUAGGAGAUUUUGGAGUGAAGCUUCUCAGUGCUGGACUGGAGGAUCCCCACUGUAAACUGGAGAUACUGAAGUUAAAAAAUUGUGGCUUCACAGAUGGAGGUAUUGCUGCUCUGGCUCCUGUUCUAGGAUCAGAUCACUCAUACCUGAAAAAUGUGGAUCUGUCUGGUAACAAGUUUGAGGAUUUUGGGGUGCAGCUCCUUUCUAUUGCAUUUUACUAAACAUUCUUGAGGCAACAGAAGAAGUCAUUAAGAUUAAUAUUCUAAUGAAGCAUAUUGGCUGUUUAUUAUUGGUUGUUAAUGAUUGAUUUGUUUUUAUUGUAUGACUUCUUCCCCACAUGCAAAGUGAUGACUGGGCCUCAAAGAUGGCAGGUUUCUCUUUCGUUUUUGCAGAUUUUUUUUACUUUUAUCAUCAGACUAAUUAACUUACAACCAAUAAACUGAAUCUAGGAAGAGUUAAUGUUUAGAGGAAGUGGAUUUCAUGUAAUCAUGUACAAGCAAAAGGUGACAUUUCAUAAACACUGAUAGUGAUUUGAGAUUCAUCUGAGCAGUUCUGUCUUUUGAAAUAACUCUUCAAAAAAGUGGACCUUACUAAAAUAGUUUAGACCUUUAUUCUGUGUAUUAUAUGUCUUGUCAACAUCUUUGAACGACUUCAUUUUAAUGUACUAUAUGAGUACAAGUUUUAACUUUGAUAACUUUUUUGCACAUUUUUUUUUAUAUAAUUCAUUUAUAGUAAUUGUAUAGUUUUUUCAUUGUGGAUCUGAGAUGCAGUUAAUGCAUGUAUUUCUUUUGGAAACAACACACCUAACUGCUCUUUGACCGCUUGUAAAAAUAUAUGGCUCAAUAAAAAAACAGCUAUAAGGAAA